AUGUUGGCGCUGCUCCUGCUGCCGCUGGGGCUCGUGGUCUUGUUGACCGUACUUGGCAUCGUCUUUGAGGAGAAGAAGCUCUUCGCUGCGCGGUCGCUGGCGAAGAUUGCGCUUUUCGGACUUCUCUGGGUGCUCUGUAGCAUCCUCAAUUUCGCGCUUGUGCUGCCGCUGAAGGUUCUCCUUGCGCCGCAAGAGCUUCAGGUCGUCGCCCACGAGACGUGUCAAGUGCUUGCGCGCGCGCUUCACGUAGCGUUCUUCGGGCCCGUGACGAUUGAAGGCGAGGCGCACUUGCAAAGCCUCGGCCCUCACGAAGCGGUCCUCUUUGUCGCCAACCACCAGACCAUGAUGGAUGUGACGACGCUCUAUUUUCUGCCUAUGCGCUUUGCGUGGGUGGCCAAGAGCGUCAUCUUCUUGAUGCCUGGGCCUGGCUGGAUGAUGAAGCUCGCCAACUACGUGCCGCUCAAGCGCAAGAACAAGGACAGUAUCAAGCAGAUGUUCGCUGCUUGCCAUGAGCGCCUCGCGGCUCAGUGGAGCGUAAUCGUCUUCCCCCAGGGCACGCGCAACCGAACAACGUUUCUGCCGUUCAAAGACGGCGCGUUCGAGAUUGCGACGACAUCCAAGGUUCGCGUUGUCCCUCUUACGAUUGUGAUUCCGGACGAUCUUUGGACGUGGAAUCGCCGCGGCGCUUGCAAACUCAUCGUUCAUGCGCCCCUCGAAACUUCCACUUUGACCAAGGCUGAGAUCAAGGACGCUGCGUUCGCAGCCGUUGCAUCCGGCGUGCCCAAACUCAAGUAG